CACUGCAAGGCUGAUAAAUCUUGCGCCGCAACGAAGAACGCGCUCUCGACUCUUCGCCUCCAUCAACCUCAAUCCACCAUCAGGGACUCAGUAAUUACCUGGUUUUUGUCAGAGAGAGUCGCUCGCCAUCAUGUCUCGCCACCAUCCUGAUCUCGUCAUGUGUCGCAAACAGCCUGGCAUCGCCAUCGGCCGCUUGUGCGAUAAGUGCGAUGGUAAAUGCCCUGUCUGCGAUUCAUACGUCCGACCCACGACCCUCGUGCGCAUCUGCGACGAAUGCAGCUUCGGCAACUACCAAAACAAGUGUGUCGUGUGCGGUGGUGAAGGCAUCUCGGACGCGUUCUACUGCUUCGAGUGCACAAGAUUGGAGAAAGACCGCGACGGAUGCCCUAAGAUUAUAAACCUUGGCAGUUCAAGGACAGACCUGUUCUACCAAAAGAAAACGAACAGACAACCGAAUUAUUAGCCACGGGUCUUGUAUAUCGAAACAUAACCCGUGGCACUCAAUACCCUAUUCGAUUAUGAUGCUUUUUGUUAUAUUGAGAACUAGAUUUUGCAUGGUUGGCGUUGCCGGCGUUCCUUUUGAACCGCGGAAGUAGAUGGCUUUUUGGUUGUCACAGAAAAACUUGAAAAAAUAGAGCCGCUAGAUAAAAGCAAUACGAGCCUUACUUCACUUUUGUAUUCAUCUUGAUUCGGUCUACAAAGCAAGUGCAAAAUGGAUAGUAGUGGUGUCAUGAUAUCCGCCUGGAUAAUAUAUAUUCGUUACAAAGUAAAAACAAGAUAAUCCAAAUCCGUUGUCAACUCCUCAGUGGUCAUGCGAUGAGAUAGUAUAUGUUACAAUAGACCUUAACCUCAGCUUUAAAUAUAGCUGACUUUGGUGCCCAUUCCUGCCGUGGCUCGAACCUUGGCCCAUGAAGCACCGAGAAUCUUCUGAAUCCUUUGUCGGAUACCCUUGUGGCCGAGCAUUACCAAAAAUCCAACAAUAAAGACCAAUAACCUGGUGACAACCGCAGGGUUGCUAUUCAAUGUAGCAGCCAACUGCUCAAUAAGCGUUCGUACUCGCGAGAAUACCAUACUCGCUCGUGCACGAAGUGUAGGCGGAGCAACUGGACCACGACCAGUAGGACGGGAUGUGCUAGAUUGUGAAGGAGUAAGGCGGUGACCCCGUCGAUUUGAAGGGCUGUUGUUUGUUUGUUCAACGCCAUAAUCCACUUCGCUGGCCUCUCUUCUCGCUCGCUCUUCUUCAAGUCGACGCUUCUCGCGCUCUUCAUUUUCAGCGCGGAGGCGUCGGGCUUCUUCUAAAUCACGACGAAGCUGGUCUUCUUGGCGUUGGCGCUCCUCUCUCUCUUGUCUCUCCUUCUCUUGUUGCUCUUCCUGUAAGCUCUCUAGGGCCUGUAGGAAUGCUUCCCGUCUCUCAUCGUCCAGAACAGAGCUUACACUGAUGAACUCGCGGGCGUAAUCCCACUCAUUGUUGCGCAGCAGCACAUGUAGUGUGUAUAGCUCUAGUAUUUUGACUCGGGCAUUCAGAUCUCGUGGAGUAUCUGUUCCACCUGUACCAGGAGCUGGAGAGGCAAAUCGACCCAUGCGAGGGCCUGGGGAUUUUCCUCCACCCAAUCUGUUUCCGACGUCCAAAUUAGGAGCAUUACAUGUGGCCAGGUACGAUUCUAGUCUUCUUUGAUUGAGUGACUGGUCGUUGGCGUGGGCAAGCAAAAGAGUAGCCCUAAACGAAAGAUUCUUGUUAGCAAACGUACAGCUUAAUAGGGAUUGAUCAAGAGUAUUGGGCACAACUCACAAAUUAAUGACAACUUCGGAAUCAACAUCUCCCUCAACACCGUGGUAUCCAUUCCGGACAACUUCUUCCCAAACACUGCCUUCACGCACCUUGGCGCACAAUGCCCGCCAUUCCUGAGUGCCAAAGGCUUGUUUUCCCUCAUCGGGCUCCAUCUCCACAAUUGCGUUAAGUGUAGUCAGAUACAGGCUCCAUACUUUUACUCUGGUCGUUCUUGACGAACGAGCCACAGGAGCCAAAUCACCAUCGUCGACGGCUCCAGGCGGAGUGAUGAGUGGGAGCAUUGUGCUCAGCGCCUCGGGCAAGCGACGCGUCAGGAAGAGUGUUGACGCUUGUCGAUACGUCUUGGAAAUCUGUGACGAUUGUCUCACGGCCGUAGUAGAUGUUGAUAGAGAGGAGAUGGAGGAGGAGAGUAAUGACCGCGCAAACGGAUCAGAGCUACCGACGGUGGGCGUAGGGCUCAGCGUCGGAGCAUACUGGCUGCCGUUAUAGGACGACAUGGUGAAGAGUAAUUGAUUUUGUUGAAUCUAAGUCAGUCGGUAUGCUCUGUUAUGGCAUCCGGCUAUGUCGUGUCGCGGCCGGAGCAGAGCGAGAAGCGAGAUUUGCCCUUAACGCGAUGCUAGGGCAGCGGUGAUGAGAAAAGUCGCGAUCGUAGAACACACAGCGUGGAAGAACCGUCCGAUCGAGCAAACGAGCAAACGGCGGGGUGCGGUCAAUAGGGAAAUAAUAAUAAAAAACACGACUGAAUGAGCUGGGAUGGAAAGAAACAAAAGAAAAGGCGAGGGUAGAAAGACUAGUGGUGGCUACGAUUGACACCGCGACAUGUGCUCCGCUG